UGAGACAUCUGUGUUUACUAACCAAACUGCUCGAUCACAGUGGAUACAAAAAAACAGUUAGAUUUUGUAGAUAAGAAUUUCCUUGACGGAAUCAACUUUGAUUACGAGCGUGUAAUAUUACAUAAUCAAACUCAACUUCGCAAUGGUUACACAGAUCUUGUGAGGGAAACAAGACAAGCUUUUAGAGAAAAGUUCCCAUCUUCUAUGAUUAGUGUUGAUGUGGCGUGUUCUCCUGCUGGAAUAGAUUCACGUUACUACGACUUUGUGGGACUAUCAGAAGCUUCUGACUAUUUCUUUGUUAUGGCAUACGACGAACAAAGCCAAAUACUAGGUGAAUGUAUUGCUUAUGCCAAUAGCGGAUUAUAUAGAACAAUGGAAGGCGUUAAUGAACACCUGGACAUUGGAAUAUCGUCUGACAAGCUUAUUCUUGGAGUGCCUUGGUACGGCUACUAUUACCCAUGCUUGACAUUAACCAAGGAUGACAAAUGCUACUUAAAGAAGGUUCCAUUUCGUGGUGUUAAUUGCAGUGAUGCAGCGGGACGUCAAUUGAAUUACUACACUAUAAUACAGCUACUAAAAAACUCUACAAGUGGACGUAUAUUUGAAAAAUCUACAAUGACACCUUACUUUAAUUACAAGAAUAUUUCAUCAGGCAUUAUGCAUCAGAUACGUUAUGACGAUCCACAAAGUUUAGGAUAGAUAGAUAGAUUUAUUUCGGCAAAGGAAGCAUAUACAUAGUUGACAAUAUAACAUAGGAUAAAAUAAUGAGCAUUAUUAAAUACUAUAUCACAUACGAGUAAAACUAUGACAUGCUCACCAAAACCAAGGAUAACACAAAAAAGGGCAAAAAAGCUCUUAUUUCCAUUGUGGUCCUUUGUAUUGGCGGCAUGACAUAGAGAGGCAAACCUUAAAAUAAUCAUGUUUAAGAAUACUAAUAAAUCAUAAAAAUGUAUAUCACAGUCAAAUCUUGAGUUAAUGAUACUCCUGUUUACAGCUAGGAUUUAAAACACAUUACUAAAAUUGUAAUAAGAUAAAUGGCAGACAAUUUAAAAUCCUGAGCCGAAAUAUGUAAAAACAUGUUUAAAAAAAAUUUUAAAUACUGUUCAUUAGAUGACUUUUGAUGGCAACCUUAAAACUUUGUAACCUGUUGAUCUCCGUUAACUUUACAGGUAAAUCAUUCCAUAAUUUAAUACCAGAGAAAGCAAAUGAUUUAGAACCCUGGCCUUUGACCUUAGGUAGACAAUAUCCACCCUUUUGACUAAGUCUUGUACUAUAAUUAUGAAUGGAAUCUUGUGAAAUAAAGUGUUCAGACAUGUAAUCCGGAGAUAGGCCAUUUUUUAUCUUAAAAACCUGACACAACAUUAUCUGUUCAACUCUUUUGUGGACCGGUAACCAGUUAAGGGACUUAAAGUGGGAUGGGUCAAUGUGGGCUCUAGAGUCCAAGUCAAGUACAAAUCUCAUUAUUUUGUUUUGACAAGUUUGUAACUUAUUUUUUAAAGACUGUGUCAAGCUAUUAUACCAAACAGAGCAUGCGUAAUCAUAGUGACACUGAAUAAGAGACAUAACCAGAAGUUUCUUGGUAUGCUGAGUAAGAAACUCUUUCUUGCGGUAAAGAAAUUUUAACCGAGAGUUGGCCUUCUUAAGAACAGACUCGGCCAUGGCGCAAAAUGACAGAUUUUGGUCUAUAGUAAUCCCAAGAUACUUGAUUGAUGAAGUUGAUUCAAUG